UCAAGUCCGGGCCUGCGCCGGGAGCCCACAGGGCAGCGCGCGCGUCACGUGCCGCGGCGUGGGCCGCUGCCUUGGAAACGCGGGGCGCGCGCUUCCUGAACUUGAAGCAUCCGGGGCCGGGAGGAUGCUGCUGGUGGACGGGAUGCGGUACGCCCGCAGGCUGUGUGGCCUAGGAGCCAGAGCGGCUCUGCGGGGACCCGCAGGCCGAAGCGGCCUGCGCAGCUGGGGUCGCGCCCGGGGAGUCAGCACCAGCUGGUCCCCGGUGGGCGCCGCCUUCAACGUCAAGCCCCAGGGCCGCCUGUGGGACCUGUUGGGAGAGCGCCGGGGUCUUUUUGGAGUUCCUGAGCUCAGCACCCCUGAAGGAUUCCGUGUUGCCCAGAAGGAGGCCUUGAGGAAGACGGAGCAGCUGGUGGAGCGAGCGUGUUCCACACCCCCAGGGCCACAGACAGUCCUCAUCUUUGAUGAGCUCUCGGAUUGCCUGUGCAGAGUGGCCGACUUGGCAGACUUUGUGAAAAUCGGACACCCUGAGCCCGCCUUCAGAGAGGCUGCGGAAGAGGCCUGCAGGAGUAUUGGCACCAUGGUGGAAAAGUUGAAUACGAAUGUGGAAUUAUAUCAGAGUCUGCAGAAAUUACUAGAUGAUAAGAAGCUUAUGGAUUCCCUUGAUGCAGAAACCAGGCGAGUGGCUGAACUAUUUAUGUUUGAUUUUGAAAUCAGUGGAAUCCAUCUAGAUGAAGAAAAGCGCAGAAGAGCAGUGGACCUCAAUGUUAAGAUCCUGGAUUUGAGCAGUACUUUUCUUAUGGGAACCAACUUUCCCAACAAGAUACAGAAGCAUCUCUUACCAGAGCACGUUCAGCACCACUUUGCCUGUGAUGGGAGUUAUGCAGUCGUUGAUGGUCUACAUGCAGAAGCCUCAGAUGACUUGGUUCGGGAAGCUGCUUAUAAAGUUUUUCUUUAUCCCAAUGCUGGUCAGUUGAAAUGCUUAGAAGAAUUGCUGAGCAGCAGAGAUCUUCUGGCAAACUUAGUAGGUUAUUCUACAUUUUCCCACAGAGCCCUCCAGGGAACCAUAGCUCAGACUCCAGAGACUGUCAUGCAGUUCCUGGAGAAACUCUCUGACAAGCUCUCUGAAAGAACUGCAAAAGAUUUUGAGAUGAUGAAAGGAAUGAAAAUGAAACUAAACCCUCAAAACUCUGAGCUAAUGCCUUGGGACCCCCCCUACUACAGUGGUGUGAUUCGUGCUGAGAGGUAUAAUAUUGAGCCCAGUUUAUAUUGCCCAUUUUUCUCCCUUGGAGCUUGCAUGGAAGGCCUGAAUGUCUUAUUUAACAAACUUUUGGGCGUCACCUUAUAUGCAGAGCAGCCUGCAAAAGGAGAGGUGUGGUGUGAUGAUGUCCGGAAGCUGGCAGUUGUUCAUGAAUCUGAAGGGUUGCUGGGGUACAUUUACUGUGAUUUUUUCCAGCGAGCAAACAAGCCACAUCAGGAUUGCCAUUUCACCAUCCGAGGGGGCAGGCUAAAGGAGGAUGGAAGCUAUCAGCUCCCUGUCGUCGUUCUCAUGCUGAAUCUUCCCCACUCCUCCAGGAACACCCCCACCUUACUAACUCCUGGGAUGAUGGAAAAUCUCUUCCAUGAAAUGGGACAUGCCAUGCAUUCGAUGCUCGGACGAACUCGCUACCAACACGUCACUGGGACCAGGUGCCCAACUGACUUUGCUGAAGUUCCAUCUAUUUUGAUGGAGUACUUUUCAAAUGAUUACCGAGUAGUCAACCAGUUUGCCAGGCAUUAUCAGACUGGGCAGCCUCUGCCGAAAGCUAUGGUGUCUCGCCUCUGUGAAUCUAAGAAGGUUUGUGCGGCCGCAGAAAUGCAGCUUCAGGUCUUUUAUGCCGUCCUGGAUCAAAUCUACCAUGGCCGACAUCCCCUGAGGAAGUCAACCACAGACAUCCUCAUGGAAACACAAGAACAGUUUUACGGAUUGCCCUACGUUCCUGACACUGCCUGGCAACUGAGGUUCAGCCACCUCGUGGGAUAUGGUGCCAAAUAUUACUCAUACCUGAUGUCCAGGGCUGUAGCGUCCAUGGUCUGGAAGGAGUGCUUCCUGCAGGAUCCUUUUAACAGGGCUGCCGGGGAGCGCUACCGCAGAGAGAUGUUAGCCCAUGGUGGAGGCAAGAAGCCCAUGCUCAUGGUUCAAGGGAAAUGGCCUUCCAGGAAAUUCAGAUCUGCCAACUGUGAAUGCAGGAUGUGGUUCCUGAAGCAUGCUCAGUGGUGGGAACCUCCUUUUCUUGAACAGCAUCUACCCAGGAGUAAGUGAUGAUACGUAUCCUGACACCAGAUCUAGAGCUGGGAACACUGGGAUUAUGGCACAGUUUCAGUAAUAGAGGUAGAUGGCAACCCAGCAUAGCAGCCAAGUAAAUAGAAUCCUUCCUUUCUGCUUAUUCAGGUCUUCACCCAGCAUAGCCUCAGAAAUAGCUGAGAGCUUUGUGGAAGGAAAAAAAAUGAAAGAGAGCACCUGCGUUCUCAAGGCUGAGGCCUCACUUUCGUUCCGGGUGCUGAGUUUUUUAAGAGGGUGUGUCUUUAUUUAAUGUGUGGGCAUGUUGGCCUCGGGAAGACAUUGAGCUUCAAAAGGCAAAAUGUUUUGUAACCCAGAAAUGUAAUUGUGAGUAGAAUUAUUAUAUCUGAUGAUGAAAUGAGACCUGACUAGUGUGCACACAGCACGUGUGGGGUUGUACUUGCUGGCCCUGCUUCUUUGGAGAGAUGAACACAGCCCUAAUCCCACGGAGAUGCAGCCUGUUUGAACAGCGACAGAUGCUAAUUCAUCUUAGGGAGCAGGCCAGCUCUUCAGUUGAAAGGAAGAGAGCAACCUGACUUGCUGGCAGUUUACAUGCUGGUGAUGGUCUGAUUUCCUCAGGAGCUGAUGGUAGAUAGUGGGGAUCCACCUUCAGCCAAAGGUGUGGGUAGCCACCACCUUAUAGCCAGCAAGAACUUCAAAGGGGGAAGGUGAGGCACACACUUGCCCCAGGCUUGGGAGAGACAGACUG